CCGGUCCCCUCCCCUCCAGUUCAGUCUUGCCUGGGGGAGGUCCGCCCCUUCCUAACCUGCUGCUGGUGUUCGCGUUUGGAACCAUAGUAGGGAGCGCUAGGCUAGCGGGGUGCGCUCUUUUCGCGGGAACUCAUGCUGCCACAAGCCAGUCCGGCAAGGGAGGAUGUCCUGAAUAACGGAUUGAUCUUUGACAUCCCAGGCAUUGAGAACCUUCCCUGUGAACUUCAAAGGAACUUCCAGCUGAUGCGAGAGCUCGACCAGAGAACAGAAGAUAAGAAAGCCGAGAUCGACAUCCUGGCUGCAGAGUACAUUUCCACGGUGAAGACUCUGUCUUCAGAGCAGCGCGUGGCGCACCUGCAGAAGAUCCAGAGCGCCUACAGCAAGUGCAAGGAGUACAGUGAUGACAAGGUGCAGCUGGCCAUGCAGACCUACGAGAUGGUGGAUAAACACAUCCGAAGACUUGAUGCUGACCUGGCGCGCUUUGAGGCUGACCUGAAGGACAGAAUGGACGGAAGUGACUUUGAAAGCACUGGAUCACGAAGCUUGAAAAAAGGUCGGAGUCAGAAAGAAAAGAGAAGCUCCCGGGGCCGAGGCAGGAGGACAUCAGAAGAGGACACUCCAAAGAAAAAGAAGCAUAAAAGCGGGUCUGAGUUCACGGACAGCAUCCUCUCUGUGCACCCCUCUGACGUGCUGGACAUGCCCGUGGAUCCGAACGAGCCCACAUACUGCCUGUGCCACCAGGUGUCCUACGGGGAGAUGAUCGGCUGUGACAAUCCAGAUUGCCCAAUUGAGUGGUUUCACUUUGCCUGCGUGGAUCUCACCACAAAGCCCAAAGGAAAGUGGUUCUGUCCACGAUGUGUUCAGGAAAAGAGGAAGAAGAAGUAACGGAGAGGCUGUGCCAGACUGCAGAGCAAGCUAAUAUAUUUCUUCACUCAUGUUGCAAUAUUAUCUUUCAUUUUAAAACUACCUUAUUUCAACUGAUAUUUAAUAAUUCAGUGGCCAGUUAUGAUUUUGGAUGUUUCCCAAACUAGGAAGCCACUGCACCGUUUGCACAGAACAGUCUCGCAGGGACUUGCCACAGUGACUUCACACGCAGGCUCCCCACUCCUGCAGCCUCCUCCCAGCACUGAGAAUGUCGGAAACGUGGCCUGUGGUGAGUGUCAGUCUGGGUUGUAGGCAAAGUGCUGCGUGGUGCAGGGUGGACACAUUCUAACCUGGUGUCCUGCGCUGUCCGGGGACUCGAGGGUCAGCCUUGAGGGUCCAGGUUUUCCUGGACUGUCCCGCGGCACCCCGGAAGCAGGGCUGUUGCUCUGUGAGCAGAGUCUUGUCAGGCGCUGCCCCGUGCUGUGCUCCGACCCUGACCGAAGACCAGGGGCUCCUGGCCAACAUACCUCGGAUGUGUCUGGAAGGGACUGGGGCUCUUCCCCGGUGGAAGCGCCCUCUGUUUCAUCGUGCACCACCACCUUUUCAGGGGGACCCUCCAGCCCCCCCUGGAGGGUAAGCUUCCGUUAGCCUCGGACUGUCCGUUAUCAACCAGCACCGCCCAUCUGCGGAUAAACAGCCAGGCUGAGCUUCCACCUCUCUGGGAAUUCCUAACUUCUUUUUUUUUUUUAACUGUGAAGAUGAAAUUAUUGUAAUAGCAUGAAGGUCAUGGGUCUGUGUGUCUAUGAAGUGAGUCU